GCGCGCCUCCGGGAGCUCGGGCACGAGCGCGGGGACCCGGCGCCGCCGGAGCAGCGGGGUAGCACUCGCUGGCUGGCUUGCCGCUGUCGCUGCGCUGCACCGGGCUCCUGCUAGUCGGUGGAUGGGGGUGUCCGGCUGAGCCCCGGGAUCCGCGUCCCUCCAACAGGACCCACACAGGGAAACGGAGCUUGACAGUUGCAGUCACCCCACUGUGGUGCCAGGAUGGAGGCCCCGCUGGUGAGUCUAGACGAGGAGUUUGAGGAUCUGAGGCCCUCUUGCUCUGAGGACCCAGAGGAAAAGCCGCAGUCUCUCUACGGCUCAUCUCCUCACCACCUGGAGGACCCUUCCCUCUCUGAGCUUGAGAAUUUUUCUUCCGAAAUAAUCAGCUUCAAGUCCAUGGAGGACCUGGUGAAUGAAUUUGACGAAAAGCUCAAUGUCUGCUUUCGGAACUACAAUGCCAAGACAGAGAACCUGGCUCCGGUGAAGAACCAGUUGCAGAUGCAGGAGGAGGAGGAGACUCUUCGGGAUGAGGAGGUUUGGGAUGCUCUGACAGACAAUUACAUCCCUUCACUCUCAGAAGACUGGAGGGACCCAAACAUUGAGGCUCUGAACGGCAACAGCUCUGACACGGAGAUCCACGAGAAGGAAGAAGAAGAGUUCAACGAGAAGAGCGAAAAUGACUCUGGCAUCAAUGAAGAGCCUCUACUCACAGCUGAUCAGGUGAUUGAGGAGAUCGAAGAAAUGAUGCAGAACUCCCCGGAUCCCGAAGAGGAAGAGGAGGUGCUGGAAGAGGAGGAUGGAGGAGACAUCUCAUCCCAGGCAGACUCAGUCCUGUUGCAAGAGAUGCAGGCCUUGACACAGACCUUCAACAAUAACUGGUCCUAUGAAGGGCUGAGGCACAUGUCUGGGUCUGAGCUGACAGAGCUGCUGGACCAGGUAGAGGGUGCCAUCCGUGACCUCUCCGAGGAACUGGUCCACCAGCUGGCCCGCAGAGACGAGCUGGAGUUUGAGAAGGAAGUGAAGAACUCCUUCAUCACGGUGCUCAUCGAGGUUCAGAACAAGCAGAAGGAGCAACGGGAACUGAUGAAGAAGAGACGGAAAGAGAAGGGGUUGAGCCUGCAGAGCAGCCGAAUAGAGAAGGGAAACCAGAUGCCUCUCAAGCGCUUCAGCAUGGAAGGCAUCUCCAACAUUCUGCAGAGUGGCAUCCGCCAGACCUUUGGCUCCUCGGGAGCUGACCGACAGUACCUGAACACGGUCAUCCCUUAUGAGAAGAAAUCCUCUCCUCCCUCCGUGGAAGAUCUGCAGAUGUUGACAAACAUUCUCUUCGCCAUGAAGGAGGAUAAUGAGAAGGUGCCUACUUUGCUAACGGACUACAUUUUAAAAGUGCUCUGUCCAACCUAACCUCACCUGGGGAGCAGCCUCACUGCAGGAGGUCACUGAGCAAGAACGUCAUUCCAUCACUGGGAUUGCAUGACACCAUGUCACCUCCUGCGUGUAUUUAAACGUGUAUAGCUUAACCUGGAUUAAACACGAGCAACCGUGCGGGGGGUCCUUUGCUGUUGGCUUCUAGUGCUAGUAAUCUUUGGAUGCAUGAUCGGGCGCAGGGCCGGUGAUGCUCCUUCCUCACCGCCUGUGUUGGGGAAGGCAGGUGCCCUCACCACUCAUUACGUAGUCUGGCUCCAGCCCUCAGCCCAGCUUAUACUCUAAGACUAAUUUUGAAAUAAACCUUCAUUUAAUUAAUA